CAUGUGUGUGGGCGACAGAGACAGAGAAAGCCACAGAGAGAGCGCAUACAUGAUUUAUAAGAAGUACCGUCCGUAGUCACAAAUUCUGAGUGCUGUUAACGCUGCCACCUCUUGGAUUCAUCUGACUUUGUGGAGGGGGUGGGGGGUUGAGCUGCCGGGUACAAUGCCGUCUUUUGAUGAGGUUUUAAAAGAGGCUGGGGAAUUUGGAAGGUUUCAAAAGAGGGUCUUCUUCCUCCUUUCCCAGACUGGCAUAACUUUUUCUUUUUUAUUUGUUGGAGUUGUGUUUCUUGGACAAGAUCCAGAGGAGUAUUGGUGCAAGAUCCCUUGUGCAUCUGAAUUAAGAGACCAUUGUUCAUGGACAGCUGAAGAGGAGUACAAUCUUACCAUUCUAGCUUCAAGUCUGAUGAAUUCUUCCCAGUGCGCAAGUUGGAAUGACACCUGUUAUAACUGUACCAACCCACUAUCUCAUCUUACCAACUACAGCUUGGGCAGUGUACCAUUUACUAGAUGCCUGAAUGGCUGGCUAUACAAAAACCCUCACUCCACUAUUGCCAGCGAGUUUGACCUUGUGUGUGAGAACAGAUGGCUAAUAGAUUUGACACAAUCUCUUCUCAAUCUGGGCUUUCUAGUAGGAGGGUUCAUUCUAGGCUAUGCCGCAGACAGAUAUGGGCGAAUACGCAUUUAUCUCUUCUCUGCCUUUGGGGCAGGACUAUGUGGCCUCAUCGUGGCUUUUGCACAAAACAUUGUAGUAUUUUCAAUAUUUCGUUUUCUACAAGGUGUCUUUGGAAAAGGAACCUGGAUGACAAGCUUUGUCAUUGUGACAGAAAUAGUUGGUUCAGAUGAGCGAAGGAUAGUUGGAAUUAUAAUUCAGAUCUUCUUCACCCUUGGAGUUGUGAUUCUACCUGGAAUUGCUUAUUUAAUUCCCACUUGGCGGUGGAUUCAGUUGGCUACAAUAUUCCCCAACUUCCUUUUCCUCUUGUAUUACUGGCUAAUACCGGAAUCUCCCCGGUGGCUCCUGACUCGCAAAGAAGGGAAAAGGGCCCUAAAGGUUUUGCAAACAAUUGCAGAAAGCAAUGGGAAAAGUCUCCCACCGCAUUUUUCUGAGAUCACAGUUUCUGAUGAGGAGGUUAGUAACCCAUCUCUUCUCGACCUAGUUAGAACUCCGCAGAUGAGAAAAUUCACUCUAAUUUUAAUGUAUGCCUGGUUCACAAGUGCAGUGGUUUACCAAGGGCUUGUUUUGCGUCUGGGAAUCAUAGAAGGAAAUCUUUAUUUGGAGUUCUUCCUCUCAGCUGUGAUGGAAUUACCUGCAGCUUUUUUAAUCUUACUGACAAUUGACCGCAUUGGCCGGUGCCCUCUCUUUGCAAUGAGUGGCAUAGUGGCAGGCAUUGCGUGCUUAAUUACAGCAUUUUUACCAAAAGAUUCCCCACGGUUGAGUACAUCAGUAGCCAUUGUGGCAAGACUGGGGAUCACCAUAUCCUUUGAACUUGUGUAUCUUGUGAACUCUGAAUUGUAUCCUACAGUGUUCAGAAACUUUGGUGUUUCUCUAUGUUCAGGUCUGUGUGAUAUAGGGGGCAUUGUAGCCCCAUUUCUGCUGUACCGACUGGCAGAGAUCUGGUCAGAGCUUCCUCUGAUUAUCUAUUGUAUACUGUCUGUUUUGUGUGGGAUUCUAGUCACUCUUUUACCAGAGACAAAGGGGUUGCCCUUACCAGAGACAGUAGAAGAUGUGGAAAAGCUAUCAAGUAGCUGCCACAGAAGCUGUGGGGAAAGCGGACCUCAGAAUUCCAACAAACACAUGUAAUCUUUUGCAAAAUGCUGCCAGUCACCUGCUUCUGAAUUGGAUGCCUGCCCACUGGAUGCCAAUAUCAUGCCAAAUGGAGAGGGAAGAUCCAAUUGUGUCUUAACGAAUAGCCCUAAAAGCACCUUUUCUCAAUAUGAAGACACAUAAAACAUAUAGUAUUUUUCUAUGGACUUUGGAAAUAUAAAUGCGUUUGCUGAGCCUAUUGUUUCCAGACAGGAAAUGAUUACAUGUGGCACUUGUAGAAGGGUAAUGACUUCCAUUAAAUAACUUGUUUUACUUUGG